AAUUGCAAAAAGUGGACGGAUACCGGCCUAUUUCCUUAUGCAAUGUGGAUUAUAAAAUUUUUGCAAAAGUAUUAGCUAACCGUUUACAAGUCGUGAUGAGAUCUGUGGUAGGUGAUCAUCAAACCUGUGGCAUCAGAGGUCGGUCCAUUCAGACCAACAUUCAUGUUGCGAGAUCUGUGCUUGAGUGUGUAGCCGAGGGGAUUGGACAGGUAGCAAUGGUACAGCUAGAUCUGGCUAAGGCGUUCGACAGGGUGAAUCACUCGUUCCUGUUUAGUGUACUGGAGCAUAUAAAUAUCGGAUCCCAGCUCCUUAAAGGUGUCAAAAUAUGUUAUGCUAAUGGCUCAACGAGGUUGAUAAUGAAUGGUUCUCUCUCCGAUCCGAUUAGGCUUUUAUCAUCAGUAAGACAAGGAUGCUCUUUGUCACCGCUUCUCUUUUGCCUGUAUUUGGAGCCACUUUGUAUGAGCAUCCUGAGAGAAGAAAAUUUCCAAGGGUUUAAACUGCCGUCGAGUGAGAUUCGGGGUCUUGCAUAUGCAGACGACGUGGCCUUCUUUUGUACUGAUAAAAAGAGUGUAAAGGCUGCUCUCGCAAUUACAGAAGAAUUUUGUGCGGCUUCUGGUGCCAGCAUUAACUUUGAAAAAAGUUCAGGUUUUUGGUUUGGACUAUGGGCCACAAUGCCAUCACAUUACGCAGGCAUUCAAUGGAAAAAAGAUCUGUGCUAUUUAGGUGUACCUCUCUCACAGUAUAGAAAUAGCAACAGUCAUUGGUCGGGAGAAGUAGGAAAAAUACAAAGUAAAGUGAAUUCAUGGCGAGGACAGAAUUUGUCAAUGUUCAGUCGUGCUGAAGUGUGCAACGUGUUCUUAGUUUCCCGUCUCAUGUAUGUGCUGCAAGUACUGCACUGCUCAAGACUUCGUAUUCAGGCACUGCAUCGCGCAUUUGCAACAUUUAUUUGGAGCUCGAGUUGCGAAUCGAUGCGGCGCGAUAAUCUGUUCGUCCCUCUUGAACGAGGUGGUUUAGGAUUAGUCCAUCUCUUCGUCAGGCAAAUUGUUUCUCGUCUGUUUUUCUUUCGAGACAGUGAUCAUCCCUUUUUGCGUGAAAUGUUACAGCUCCGAUUAGCUCAUUAUCUUCCUGAUAUAGUAGUGUCAUCAGAUGCCAAAGAUGUCACACAGGCUCCUUGGGGCUUUCUCAAGGAGGUUGUGGAUUCAUUCCUUUUCUUGAAAGUUAGAUUCAGCCUGGAGUACAUUUUCACUGCGAGUCGAAAAGAAAUUUCUGCUUCACUGGUGUAUUCGAUUUUCCCAGAUCCUUUGUAUUGUGCACCUUAUUUAAAUCAGCCUUAUCAGGAUGUACUUAGGCGGGUCCGUAAAAUGUGUAUACCUCCUGGAGCUAAAACAUUUUUCUUUAAAUUGCAUACGGAAACACUUCCUGUUAAAACCUGGUUGAACGCGAGGGGCUGCUUCGUACCAUGGUCCACGAACUGUCGACUGUGUCCACGUGCUGAAACUAUAGAUCACUGUUUUAUAGACUGUACAGAUGCUAUAUUUUUCUGGGACAUUCUCCAACGGACGCUUAAAAAGGACAUUGACAUCACUCCAUACGCAAUUAGAUUCCUACCGUUUAAGAUUAGUGGCGGUCCUCCCUAUGACAUGUUCGUAGUACUGGGUUUGUAUAGCCUAUGGAGAGCUAGAAUGUGUGAUCGCCAUGCCGAAAGCCCGCGAUCUACAAGAUCAUUCUUUCAAGAAAGUGCAGCUUAUAUAAGAAGUGUGUACGCUGUGCAGGAACCUCCGCAUGACUGGAUGCACUUGUUGGACGCAUGUGUGUGUUUGCCC